CCCCCCACGCCCACACGCCGCUCUGCCUUGCAUUCCCCUCUCUUGCACUGCACCCUUCCACCCACCACUCACCCAUCACUCACCCAUCACUCACCCAUCACUCACCCGUCACUCACCCACCACUCACCCAUCACUCACCCAUCACUCACCCAUCACUCACCCAUCACUCACCCAUCACUCACCUACCACUCACCCAUCACUCACCCAUCACUCACCCAUCACUCACCCAUCACUCACCCAUCACUCACCCACCACUCACCCAUCACUCACCCAUCACUCACCCGUCACUCACCCAUCACUCGCCCAUCACUCACCCAUCACUCACCCAUCACUCACCCAUCACUCACCCACCACUCACCCAUCACUCACCCAUCACUCACCCAUCACUCACCCAUCACUCACCCAUCACUCACCCACCACUCACCCAUCACUCACCCAUCACUCACCCACCACUCACCCAUCACUCACCCAUCACUCACCCAUCACUCACCCACCACUCACCCAUCACUCACCCAUCACUCACCCACCACUCACCCAUCACUCACCCAUCACUCACCCAUCACUCACCCAUCACUCACCCAUCACUCACCCAUCACUCACCCAUCACUCACCCACCACUGCUUGCAUCCACCCACCAUUCCAAUCCUCGCUCGCUGCUCCACCUCCCCGUCUGCUCAUCUCCCCUCCCCCCUUGAUCUCUGCUCUCUCCAUACCAUACCCUUUGAUUGCUGCUCCCUCCGUACCAUACCCUUUGAUCGCUGCUCCUUCUGUACCAUACCCUUUGAUCGCUGCUCUCUCCGUACCAUACCCUUUGAUCGCUGCUCCCUCCGUACCAUACCCUUUGAUCACUGCUCCCUCCGUACCAUACCCUUUGAUCGCUGCUCCCUCCGUACCAUACCCUUUGAUCGCUGCUCCCUCCGUACCAUACCCUUUGAUCGCUGCUCCCUCCGUACCAUACCCUUUGAUCGCUGCUCCCUCCGUACCAUACCCUUUGAUCGCUGCUCCCUCCGUACCAUACCCUUUGAUCGCUGCUCCCUCCGUACCAUACCCUUUGAUCGCUGCUCCCUCCGUACCAUGCCCUUUGAUCGCUGCUCCCUCCGUACCAUACCCUUUGAUCGCUGCUCCCUCCGUACCAUACCCCCCACGCCGCCAGACAUUCGCACUCCUUGAGCCGCCAGGGGAGGGAGAGAAUUGGAGGGCCAGCGAGGGCGACGGGGGCCACCAGAGCGACAACCGGGCAGCGAAGCGCCGUCGCGAGGAGGGGGGCGGUGAGGAGGACGGUGGGAUGGAGCAGAGCACCGUGGUGGAGGGGAGACAAGACGGUGGUGCGACGGGAGAGGCAGGGGCAGUGGGCAGAGGGAGGAGGGAGAUGGGCAGGCGAAAGAGGGGGGUGGUGGAGAGCAUGGGCGAGGAGAGGAGGUACGUGGCAGCGAGGCCAGUGGCGGAGAGCAAGGGGCACACGGGGUACCUCACCUUCGCCGUCAAGCCCGUGUGA